AUGGCCGAAUCCUCGCCCUUGCUCUCCUCACACGGAGUCAAAUCCGACUUCCCUAGCAUCCUCCAGGGCAAGAAGAUCUUGCUGGCAACAGAGUCUUGGGGCCCCGUCAAUGGCGUCAGUCGCACGACGCGCAGCCUGGUGGAGUACUUAUGCGACCAUGGCGUUGAGCUGAUUCUCAUCGCGCCAUCUUUCAAGGCAGACACCAGACAGCGCAGCCUAUGGCUGCGACGGCUGCCCGGUGCGGCCCUGCCCUACAACCCCGAUCUGACGGUGGUAUAUCCCUUCCAUCUCAGCGAUAUAUACCGUCAGGCGUUUGAACCCGACCUCAUCUACCUGGCCAGUCCAGCCUCGCUGGGGUUCCAGAUGCUCCUCCAGAUCCGCCAGCUGCGAGCUCCGCCGCCGGUCUUGCUCAACUUCCAAACUGACCUCUCGGCCUACUCGGAGAUCAUGCUGCCCGCGCCCCUGAACCAGUUUGGCGUGUGGCUGUUGGCCACGGUCCAGGGGUUCCUCUUUCGUUCUCGCGCGGUGCACACCAUCUUCUUCCCGUGCUCCGCCAUCCGUGGGUACCUAGAACGCGCCGGUGCCCCGGUAGACCGACUAGUUCAGCUGGGUCGUGGCGUCGACACAGCAUUGUUCACUCCGGUACAGCGCGAUAACAUCUAUCGCCAGCAGAUUGCGCCUGAGGGGGAAAUCAUUCUCAUCUGUGUGUGCCGCAUCGCCCCGGAGAAAGGAUUUGAGUUCCUCGCGCAUGUCGCUCGACGGCUGGCUGCAGACAAAAUCCCAUUUAAAUUGCUGAUUGUCGGGGGUAACCGCAAUCCUGCGGUCGAGAAUAAAGUGCAGCGCUUGUUCCAUGGUGUCCAGCACCACGUCAUUUUCACGGGUUUCCUCACGGGGGCUGCGCUGGCCCGCGCCUAUGCCUCGGCCGAUCUUUUCCUCCAUUGCUCCAUCACCGAGACCUUUGGACUGGUUGUUCUCGAGGCCAUGGCUAGUGGCCUGCCAGUCAUUGCGCGCGACCAGGGCGGCCCGUCUGACAUUAUCCGUCACGGCGAGACUGGGUAUUUAGUACCACCGCGAGAUCUCGAAGGUUUUACCUCUUUGGUCCGGGAGAUGUCAGGGGAUGUGAUCCGGCGAGGGGCCAUGGCCACGGCUGCGCGCCAGUAUGCCGACGACACGACUUGGGAGCGGAUCAAUCGCCGAGCAGCGUGGCAUAUGGCAAAUGCCUUGGCACACACCGACCAAGAAUCGAAUGGCUCGCGGCCCCGGGUGCGGCCAGGAAUGAUCGCGUCGAUCUGCGAGCAGCUCCGUUUGAUGCUCGCCGUGGGCGUGGUGUAUCUGAUGUGGCUGAUCGCCGUUGUACCGCUAAUCGUUCAUGGCAAUCGCUUUAUCCCCCGGGCGUGGCACGCACUGCAGCAACAGUUUCAGUGCACCCGCCCCCUUCGCAAUUGA